CGGACCACACGAGCCAUGGCGUCCUCCGCGGCCGCCAACCUCUGGGUGCUGCUCGGCCUCGGCAUCGCCGGCGUCCUCCUGGCGGCGAAGCGCCUCAAGCGCCCCGCGCGCCCGGACAGCGGCGCCUUCGUAUCGCGCCUCGAGCUCCUGCCGCCUCCCCAGCCCCCGCCGCCCCAGGCGCGCCACCCCCUCACCGACCUCUGCUUCGCCAUAGCUGACGCAUUCCAUGUCAGUAGUUACAUAACAAGCUUCGGCAGCCUAGAAUGGGCAAAGACACACGAUGCAGCAACACAAACAUCUCUAGUGGUUUCAACUCUUGUUGAUGGUGGUGCUAUUUGUGUCGGGAAAACUGUUAUUGAUGAGAUGGCAUAUAGUAUCCAUGGUGAGAAUAAGCAUUUUGGUACACCAACAAAUCCUGCAGCUUCUGAUCGAGUACCUGGAGGAUGCUCUAGUGGAUCAGCUGUAGCUGUUGGUGGUGGCAUGGUAGAUUUUGCAUUGGGUAAGUCGAUCUCUAUGUGCUUCUAAUUUAAGCAAACUUGA